UUGAAAUAGAUUUAUUGUAAAACUGCAAAGAUGUUCCAUUCGUCGCAAAGGCGAACUUAAAGAAAAUGUACUUCUGACCCAUCAUGAAUCGCUUAUACCUGGCGUAAACAAUAGUGCAGGAAGAGAGUGAUACAGUCACAUGAUUCAUGACGUGAUCACAUGACAGUCAAAAGAUUUGUGAAGAUACAAACCCAACUGUAUUGCUGAAUUGACCUAUGGGGUCUCUGUGAAAAUGACUGCACGGUGCCUUUUCUUUGGACUCAUUUUGCUGAUCCUCGGUGAAAAAACUGAAAAAACACUUUUAUCUGCGGUGGGAAAGCAAAGUAAUGAGGUCAAUCCAUCUCACAGUGACCUCACACCUGAUUUUAAGGAGAAGUAUUUUAAACAAAUUUUAGACCACUUCAAUUACAACAGCCUAGUCAAUGGCACAUAUGACCAGCGCUACCUUAUCACAGACAAGUACUGGAAAAAAGGCUAUGGACCCAUUUUCUUCUACACUGGUAAUGAAGGGGACAUAUGGGCCUUUGCUCUGAAUUCUGGGUUUAUAACAGAGCUGGCAGCAGUACAGGAAGCUCUGGUGAUAUUUGCUGAGCAUCGGUACUAUGGAAAGUCUCUGCCAUUUGGAAAGGAUUCAUUUAAUAUCCCAGAAGUGGGGCUGUUGACAGUGGAGCAGGCCCUGGCUGACUAUGCAGUCAUGAUUACAGAGCUGAAGAAGGAACUGGGUGCUCAGUCAUGCCCCGUCAUUGUCUUUGGUGGAAGCUAUGGAGGAAUGUUGAGCGUUUACAUGAGAAUCAGGUAUCCAAAUAUUGUGGCUGGAGCAUUAGCUGCUAGUGCUCCCAUCCUUUCCACAGCAGGACUAGGAGACUCCAGACAGUUCUUCCAGGACGUAUCAGCAGAUUUUGAGAAGGUUAGCCCUGCCUGCAGAGAUGCAGUAAAGGGAGCUUUCCAAAAGCUAAACACUUUGGCAGAACAAGAAGACUACGGACGCAUCCAGUCUGCCUUCUCCCUGUGUAAAACUCCAUCCACCUCAAAGGACAUUCACCAGCUGAACGGUCUACUACGCAACGCUUUCACCAUGAUGGCCAUGUUGGACUACCCUUACAGCACUCAAUUCAUGGGCAGCAUGCCAGCCUUCCCUGUGAAGGUGGCAUGUGAAACUAUGCUGAAUGGCACUGAUCUUAUGUCAGCACUCAGAGAUACUGUUGGGAUUUUUUAUAACUCCACUGGAACACUUGCAUGCUAUGACCUCUACAGUCUCUAUGUGGAGUGUGCAGACCCCACUGGCUGUGGCCUUGGUUUUAACAGCUAUGCAUGGGAUUAUCAGGCCUGCACAGAGAUUGAGAUGUGUUAUGAGAGCAACAAUGUGACAGACAUGUUCCCACCUAUUAAAUUCACUGAGCAGCAGAGAGGGCAGUACUGUUUAAAGAGAUGGCGAGUGGUGCCACGUUCAGGCUGGCUCAAGACCCAGUACUGGGGGAAUGAUCUCUCCACUGCAAGCAAUAUUAUAUUUUCCAAUGGUGACCUUGAUCCUUGGGCUAAUGGAGGGAUCAGAAAGUCACUCAGUCCAUCCCUGAUUGCAAUCAACAUACCGGAGGGAGCACAUCAUCUAGAUUUAAGGGAGUCAAACCCAGCUGAUCCGGAGUCAGUUAUCAUUGCUCGCAAGAAGGAGGCUGAAAUCAUUGCUCAAUGGGUGAAGGACGCAAGGAAGAAGUCAUCAUGAGUUACUUUUAUUUAAAAUUUAUUUUAAUCUUUGUAAACUUGUUAAAUAUAGAAUCGAUUUUCCACAGAAAAUACAUGGAAAUUAAAAAGAUUCCAGAAUUAUUGUACAUUAAAUGUAAGGAAAAAAAUUGUCAGCCGUGUUCACUCCUUAGGAAAAUAAUAGGUGUGGUACAGUUGUGCAUAUUAUUCUUAAUGAAGGAUUUAGUCCCUAAGGAUUGUCACUCCCAUUACAGACUAUUUCUUGAAAUUCUUGGCACAUCUUUGGUGUAUGAAUGAUUAAGAAUCAUGUUGAUUUGUCUAUGCAAGAGGCAGAUGAUGAUUUACUUAACUGAGAUGGAGUCAUGAAAAGCCCUUCAUACACAUGCUCAUUUCAGUCUAGCUUUGUUCAAUUUCUCACAUGAAAGAAAAGAUAAAAAAAGUCAUAUUGAUAACAAAUGUUAAUUUAACCCUUACAAACACUAUUAUAAUUAAUCACAAAAGUGUUUUAUUCACAUGAAGCAAAACCGUGAACAGCUUCACAACGGGCAUGAGAUAAAAAAAAAUUGAUUCUCAGGAUUGAAAUGGACAUUUCUCAUCAUUGCUCUGUAUCUUCAAAGGCACACAUGGAAUAGAAUGUCACCACAGAAUGACACUGGUUAGUCAAUGCUCAACCCUUUUUGAACAUCAGCAAAGGCUGUAGUACACACACUGCCAACACAAAUCUCUGGCAGUCUUAAGUGAGUAACAAGUUCCUUAAGUGGAACAAAACUGCUUUUCAAAUACAAUGCACAUACUACAUGUGAUCAUGAUACAGUCAGUGGUUUAAAACAAAAAUGGUUGCUCAACCUGCUGUAAGUAACCUUAAGACAUCCUAGCACACAAUUUAAGCUCUGAGCCACAUAAACCGAUCCACAAGCAGCAGAAAUUAAUGAAUAACUUAAACAUUCCACUUUUUAGCCCAUUAGAAAACAUUUGGAAUUUUAUAGAAACAAGUUCCAACAAACUUUGUUUCAAUAAAAAUAAAAUGGCAAU